GGGCUUUUUUUGUUUCUAACUCUAGAGACAACCUAAUCAUGGUGAUGUUCAAGAAGAUCAGGUCUUUCGAGGUGUUCUUUAACGACCCUGAGAAGGUGUACAGUAGUGGGGAGAAGGUGGCUGGCCGGGUGAUAGUGGAGGUGUGUGAAGUGACAAGAGUCAAGGCCGUCAGGGUGCUGGCUUGCGGAGUGGCCAAAGUCCUCUGGAUGCAGGGCUCUCAGCAGUGCAAGCAGACACUGGAGUACCUGCGCUACGAGGACACGCUGCUCCUGGAAGAGCACCCGACCGGUGAGAAUGAGAUGGUGAUCAUGAGGCCUGGUAACAAAUACGAGUACAAAUUCGGCUUUGAGCUUCCCCAGGGGCCUCUGGGAACAUCCUAUAAAGGAAAAUAUGGAUGUGUAGAUUACUGGGUGAAGGCUUUUCUUGAUCGCCCCAGCCAACCUACUCAGGAGAUUAAGAAGAGUUUUGAAGUGAUGGAUCUAGUGGAUGUCAAUACACCUGAUUUAAUGGCACCUGUGUCUGCUAAAAAAGAGAAGAAAGUUUCCUGCAUGUUCAUUCCUGAUGGGCGUGUGUCUGUCUCUGCCCGAAUUGAAAGAAAAGGAUUCUGUGAAGGUGAUGAUAUCUCCAUCCAUGCUGACUUCGAGAAUACAUGUUCCCGAAUUGUGGUCCCCAAAGCAGCCAUUGUUGCCCGCCACACUUACCUUGCCAAUGGCCAGACCAAGGUGCUGACGCAGAAGUUGUCAUCGGUCAGAGGCAAUCAUAUUAUCUCAGGCACAUGUGCAUCUUGGCGUGGCAAGAGCCUUCGGGUGCAGAAGAUCAGGCCUUCAAUUCUAGGCUGCAACAUCCUUCGAGUUGAAUACUUCUUACUGAUCUAUGUCAGUGUACCUGGAUCGAAGAAAGUAAUACUUGACCUGCCCUUGGUAAUUGGCAGUAGGUCAGGUCUGAGCAGCCGGACAUCAAGCAUGGCCAGCCGAACCAGUUCUGAGAUGAGUUGGGUGGAUCUGAAUAUCCCUGAUACCCCAGAAGCUCCUCCUUGCUAUAUGGAUAUCAUUCCUGAAGAUCACCGAUUAGAAAGUCCCACCACUCCAUUGCUAGAUGACGUGGAUGGUUCUCAAGACAGCCCUAUUUUUAUGUAUGCUCCUGAAUUCAAGUUCAUGCCUCCACCUACUUAUACUGAGGUGGACCCUUGCAUCCUCAACAACAAUGUGCAGUGAGCAUGUGAAAGAAAAGAAGCAGCUAGUUUUAUCUAUUUGUUUCUUUCUCUCUUCCUGGACACUCACAUUUUCAGAGACCUGAUAGUCUCUACAGUGAGGUCUGUGUCCACUUCAGCCUCUGACUUCCCAAUGUAGGAGGUGUUCCGCAGGCCAUCUUCUAGGCCCUACGCAGUGUGGACUUGCCCUUAGCCAGUGCCGAUGUUGUGAUAUAGAGGUGUUUGCUGGUUGGGUUUAAAAACACACUGGAAAAACUCAGGCUUGUCUGAGUUAUAAACCUGUUUGAUUUCUCAGAUCUCCUUAAAAA